AUGACGUCUGGCUUUGGCUCCUGGAAGAAACACUGAAUGGUUUGGCUGAUUUGUUCCGUAUUCGAUUAGCAAGUUUUGAUCGAGUCGCGAUGGUCGGUCGACGGAGUGCGAAGAGGAGUCUCUAGUGUAGGGUGAAAAUUUUCAUGACAGCAUUAUAACCAGUGCCUGUGGCGUGAAGAAAGGCAAGUGCUGUCACCUAUUCUGCUUAUUUUGGAAGAAAAUGUAAACUUCUCCAGUGGAUUUACGUUGUUUCUGUAUACCAGUGAUGUAAUACAAAAGUCGGCUACAAAAUAGUGCGGAAACAUUAUUGAUUAAAUGGUGAUAUGAGAAAAAAAUGGUUGGCUUCGAGUUAGAUGAUUACUUGCGUCAAGUGUGGUUCCCGCAGGAGCACCGUUUCGCCCUUUGCAAAGCCCUCAAGAUAAUAGCUUGCGCGAAUGGGACGAAAUCAAUUUCGGAAAGCAAGAAAAAGUUGCAACGAAAAGAAAUGGGUGUGUGUAUUUAAGUUCACCAAGAUGUACGUCGGCGUUGGCUAGUGAAGUGUGAUUAUUUUGAUUGUGGAAACAGCUUAGAUUUCACACUUAUUCUAGAAAGGGUAACAGUGAAAGAUAACUCGCUCUAAUUUUAAAGAUGAAAGUUGGCUGGUGAAAAAAAAAGAACUGUAAACGAAUAUGAUAGUUAUCUACUAUGGCAAGUAUAAUUUCUGAAGAAUAAUGAUGCCUAGUAGGUGUGCGAACGAAUUAUGAAACAAGAGUGGAGGAUGCAAAAAAUCAUACACUUGUGCCGAUGUUGUUUGCCAACCAGCUCAUAAGUAGGAAGCGGUCGCAGCUAUUCGAAUGAUUGUUCAUUCUGUGAGACAUGCAUCUACCGCUAAAUUAUAUAAAUUAGCGUCAUCGUAAAGUUCGGGACGCUCCCACACGAACUUGCAGUUCUCCAGCGUAAAUCACGUUCAACUGUGCUCCAGCUCACAUUUGGUAUAAGCAACCACACGCGUUGAACAACCGAAUCACAAUCUGCCCGUCACACGUUCCGGAUGAGCUGCAUUUGGACUAGUUCAUAUUUGUAAGCUAGAAGCAGGAUAAGAGCAGCAACAGCAAGCAGCCGCCGACUGACUAGAGUGAAGUCACUUUGCUAGGGUAGACCGCAGUUCUAGAGCCGAAAGAAGCAAAAUGACCUAUUAGCAAUCCGUUGGCCGGCUAAACGUAAGGCAAAGAGAAAAAGAUCGAAUUGAGUCCAGUGUGCUGAUUGAUGCUCAAACGAUUUAGGCCGUUUUUUUUUCUCAUCAGUACCAUGUGGAACUUUAAGUAAGAGGACAGCAAUAAUGCGUAUUUAAAUAAAUCCAGUUUGGAGAAUCAAUUAGUAAACCUAUAAACAUAUAUAUUGGUGUUGAAGUGAAGCCUAGAGCUGGAGCAAGCGAUAUGUCAUCGUCGAUGGAUGGUAAAAUAGCCAACGGGAAAAUGAAUACCGAUGACAUCUACGAAAAUUUGCCCUGUCACGAGAGGCUACGUAAUGGAUCAGGUGGCGGUGGGGGCAGCGGUGGUUUUGACGAUGGUGAAACAACGAACGGUGCUUGCACAGCGGAGGACGUGAAUGCCUCGGGGGGAUUUGUUAGCCAGCAGCACAAUUCUGGCGCGGAAAAUAACAACAAAAUACAGAACAAUUUAGCCAUGCACAGUAAAGACAGUUUGUACGCGACGCCACUAAAAAAGUCUGAACGGCCCCGUCAGCAGCAGCAGCAAGGUGCUACCCCCAAGGGGCGUCCACCGCUACCGACGCCAACUAGUGGUCGUGGCAUCGGUGCUGCGAAUAUUGACGAUAACCUGAACAACAGUAGCAGCAAUGAUCGAGACGUUAAAAUAAUUAACGCUGAGUUGGAAGAUCGGCGAAUACGGGAUUUUCUAAAAGAUACAACUCAAAUGCACAAAAAAAUCGAACUGCAUAAGGAGUAUCAAAUUUCUAACUUCUCUUACUUAGCAAGGAAAGAGCAUUUUGUUAAUUUGGUACACCAGAAUGUACUGAACGAUUCAUUGAACUCGGACUCUGCAGCUCCAACAGAGCCAAUCGAUCAGCCCCUGCUCGGUUAUAAAACUUUGGCCAAUGAGGAAGAGGAUAAAAACCUAGAUCUAGACAUCAAUGAAUCGCUGAACGAGUUGGAGGCAAGGUGCAACGAAAAGCUAGAAAUGCUCACUAAUCUGCACCGAAAUCGUUCGGCUGAACGAAGUCAGGAAGAUAACGAACAGCUAGAUAUUGAUCCUCCAUCUCUCAAUCCUCCAGUCAAUCCGAAGCCAUUGACCGGCAUCCCACCGAUUAAUGGUAGAACUGGAAAUCAAAAUACCACUGGUCAUAUUGGCAAGGGAGUUGAGUCAUCCGUGAGCUCGGAAAUCAAUGCUUAUCUCAACCGGGAAUGGGUUCUGAAAAAGGUUGCGAUGUGUUUGGAGCAGCGUGCUUGCAAGAAACCAAUUCCCGUUCCACCAGGUAUGACAGAUCCGGGUGAAUGUGUGCCGCCUCAGAGUUCGAGUUUCUUCCCACGAGCAACAUCAACCCACCAGGCACCGGUUCGUGGCGCUGAUUUGCCCUCACUAGGUUAUUUAGUACUCGGUUCCAAUGGGUCUGGGAAAACAUCGAUCUGCAACGAUAUCAUCGAAGGUAGCACCGGAACCAGAGGGAUGCUAAACCGAAGGCUGCUGGCAUGUUAUUUCGUAAACUCGCAAAACCCAGAGUGCCAUAGUCUCAGUAUGUUCAUUCGCAGUAUAAUACUGCAAAUCCUCAGCCAUUCGAGCUUUGUUUGUAGCAGCUCGACAGUAGUGAUCUCGAAUAAUGCAACGACUCCAUCAAAUGAUCUCACAAGUGAUAAACCGAUUGAAGUGAAUCUAGAAGCAUCGGUAAUAAGCAGCAGUAAUGAUGCUUUACCGGAAGCUGAUCAGCAACAAAUUGCGCUGGCAGCGGGUGUAACGAAAUCCGACGACAAAGAUGUAGAAUAUGAUAAGGAACUCGAAGAGGUGAUUCUUUCGGAAAUCAAACUUAAUGAGCGAGUGGCGGAGUUUUGCUCCAAGAAGAAAGUUUGUCGCCAGCAGUCGGAACCGGUGGAAAGCCUAAGCCGUGAUAAGGAACAGCCUAACUAUCCGUACACAACGCAUCCACCGCUGCUGAAAAGUGCUCCAGCAGCGGGUGGCAAAAAAGUAGAGAAACAGCAGAACAAUAUUUCCAGCCCUGGUAAGACGAGAGGUUCCAAAAUUCCGGUGGCGAUUGGCAGUAACAUUCGAUCACCGACAAAAACACCCAGCCCGAAAGAACCAUCACCAACAGCGGAACCAGACGAAGAAGAACUAUUAGACGGUGCCGGUGAGGGAAUCGCUGAUAUAAGCGACAUCAAGCUGGAUGAUGAAAUCGCUCGCGAGAUCAGUGAGGACGUUACUGUCGAGAUAAACGAACAAGUGGUCAGCGAAAAAAGCACUCAAGAACAAGAGGUCCCACAGGAGGAGGGCACCAAUCCACAAACCCCCAAAGUUGAAUCAACUGCUGCAACGGAAGUGAACAUUCCUCCACCGUUGCCAAAGUCGAAAAAUUGUCGACAGAUUAUUGCCGAUGGUUAUUACGAAAUGCUGCUUAGCAAUCCCGACAUUUUCGAGUCUAUAACGGUGGAUAGUAUAGAGAAAAAUCCGGAUGACUGUUUCAAGAAAGCAAUAUUGUUUCCGCUGCUGGAACUAAGCCCACCUAAGAAUGCCUUGCUGCUGUUGAUAGACUCGAUCGAUGAGAACUACAUACAAGAUGGGAACCUGAUUUCCACGCUCAAAGGUAAACAGGUUACAAAGAGCCGCAAUAUCGCGGAACUGCUUUCCAAUCAUAUACACCUGAUGCCCAAGUGGUUAUUCGUGGUGUGUACGGCUAAAAAGCAGAACAAAAAUAUUACUAAGUUAUUUACCGGUUUCAAGAAGCUUACGCUGGAUGACCUACGCAAGAGUCACGUCGUUAAGGACGUUCAGCAGUACAUCAUCAAUAGACUGAACACGGACUUCCGUGGAAUUAAUCUGACCAAAGAUAUUAUCGAAAGUCUGAAUCAGCUCUAUAUCAAGUCGAAUGGAUGUCUACUAUACCUGUACAAGGUAUUGACGGGUAUCAAGGAGAACUUUUUCACCUUCCGGGAGAUUAAACUGAUUCCAUGCACACUGAACGGCCUUUAUCUGUACAUCUGUCAGAAAUCGUUCAACAAGAAGCAGUACAACAAAAUACGGCCUAUCCUCAAUGUACUGCUAGUGUGCAACAAUUACGUGGACAAGUUUUUUCUCUACAAUUGCCUGCGUACCCACAACUACAGUCUCGACAUGGAAGAGUUCGAGAAGCGACUCGAUUUGAUGCGUAAUAUCGUGGAAUACAGUCCUCGCAAUGUCUACGCGCUGAAAAUAUUCCACAACUCUUUUUGCGACUGGUUGAUAGACGUUAAGUUCUCUACCAAGAAGUUCCUGUGCGAUCUCAACGAGGGCCACAUUAUGGUCUCCAUGUACUACACAAUGGUCGCGGAUCAAUUGUGUCCGAACAAGUUACGCCUCUAUUUAUAUCAUUUGAUCAAAACCGGCGAAUAUCUGACCAACAAAAACAUCAACCUUGAUCUGCUUCUGAUUCUGUUGGAAACGAAAUCCAAUCUGAGUGACUGUUUCUACACCAAUCUCCUAAACUGUUGUGCUCUGUGCGAAGAUGAGUGCAAAAAUGACGUUAAUUUAGCGUUACGUACUCGCACGAUGCUGGAGCGUUAUCUAAAUGCCGAGCUCAAUGAUGAAUUCACCGGAUUCCUAAACGACUUCUUCAAACCGAAUCUACCAACGGACUGCAAAGUGCUCAAGCUGCUCAUUGAAACCGGCAUCAACAAUGCCGACACUGUUAUGUCUUGUGAAUCGUCUGCCAUCAAUUCGCCGGUUCUGUCGGAUCGUUCGCAAAACAUCGACUCGGAGCUAGCUGAGCUGCUGAUCUCGAGCGAGAAAAGUUGCCAACAAGAACUGCAGAAGUCGAUCAAUAUCGAACUUCAGUGCGGUAUGGGUAAAGGGGCUGGUGCCAUGGGAAUCGGUCCGGCGGCAAUGGUGUCUUCCGAUCGGUACGACGGCCAUGAAGUGGAUCGCUGCGAGAGUGGAGUUGCCGGAGAGGGCAGUGCCAUUGGCGAUUCCAAGUCGGACAUUCAAAAUGAUCGCGUUCAGUACGAUAUGUUCGAUUCGGAGCUGCACAAGGGCAAAGCCCUUAUUCACAUACUGGCGAACGAAGGCAACCAUACUCUGCUGGAGAGAGCGUUGAAUGCCUGCAAGGAUCCAAUUGAUCUGGAAAUCGAGGACCUGAAUGGGCAAACUGCACUCAACAUAGCCGCCCGUAACGGCCACAUUGAGAUUGUGAACCUUUUGCUGCGUUACAAGCAAUCGCUCAAUGAUGGAACCGGACGUUUCCGCAAGAUCGACGUCAAUCAUGCCGAUCGCGACGGCUGGACUCCGCUGCGAUCGGCUUCUUGGGGUGGCCAUACCGAUGUUGUGAAGCUGCUGAUAGAAAGCGGCGCCUGUGCGAUCGACCGGGCUGAUAAGGAGGGACGCACUGCGUUGCGUGCUGCCGCCUGGAGCGGCAAUGAAGACAUUGUGAAGAUUCUGAUCGAAGCGGGCGCAAACGUUAACUCGAUCGACAAGCAAGGCCGUACGUCGUUAAUCGCAGCAUCCUAUAUGGGGCAUUACGAUAUCGUGGAGAUUUUAUUGGAGAACGGCGCAGAUGUGAAUCAUACAGACCUAGACGGGAGGAAUGCGUUGUGCGUGGCUGCUCUUUGUGGAAGCUCGGGAUAUAGCAAAGUAAUUUCGACUUUGCUUGAGUAUGGUGCCAACACCGAUCAGACGGAUAAUGAAGGAAUGUCUCCGUUGCUGGUUAGUUCGUUCGAAGGGAAUUCAGAGAUCUGUGAACUGCUUCUGGAAAACGGAGCUGAUCCUGACAUGGCAGAUCAUAUGGGAAGGACUCCACUGUGGGCAGCCUGCACUUCUGGGCAUGCACACGUGGUGAAAUUACUUCUAUUCUGGGGUUGUGGCAUUGACUGUAUGGAUUCGGAAGGCCGUACAGUUUUAAGCGUAGCUGCAGCGCAAGGUAAUCUGGAAACUGUACGACAACUGCUUGACCGUGGAUUGGAUGAAACCCAUCGCGAUAAUGCUGGAUGGACGCCCCUACACUACGCAGCUUUUGAGGGCUACGCUGACAUUUGCAUUCAGCUGCUUGAAUCAGGCGCGAAAAUAGAUGAAUGUGAUAACGAGGGGAAAGCCGCAUUGCAUCUUGCUGCUCAGGAAGGGCAUAAUUCGGUACUGGAGGCUAUCUUGAACAUUCAUCGGCCGUGCAUCGAUCAGAGAGCUCACGACGGAAAGACGGCAUUCAGACUGGCUUGCCUUGAGGGCCAUUUCGAAUGCGUUCAGACAUUGUUGAAGUUUGGUUGCGACGUGAACUCGAAAGACGCCGAUUCACGAACCACGUUGUAUAUUUUGGCACUAGAAAAUAAACUGAAGGUUGUAAAGUUCCUCUUGGAAUAUUCGAACGCGGACGUAAACAUUCCGGAUAGCGAAGGUCGAACGGCUCUCCAUGUGGCUUCUUGGCAGGGUCACGCCGAGAUGGUUAAGCUGUUGAUAACUUUAGGAAACGCCGAUGUCAACGCUAUGGAUCUUGAAUCGCGCACACCUUUGCACUCUUGUGCCUGGCAGGGGAACCAUGAGGUCAUGCAGCUGCUGCUGUACUAUGGUGCGAUUCCGGAUCAUGCCUGCAAGCAAGGUGCAACGGCUCUUGGUAUUUCUGCCCAGGAAGGACACGAAAAAUGUGUUACCUAUUUGCUCAAAUACGGUGCCAACCCGUACAAAUCGGAUCACUGUGGCCGAACGCCAAUCAAAUUGGCAGCGAAAUCGAACCGUAAUAAUGUAUUGAGGAUUCUGGAGAAUUACACGAAAAACGACCUGGAUGGUGGUAAACUGGUUCAUCAGAGUUUAAGUCUCAAAUCCCCGGAUGAGUGUCCGCAGGCAUCCGCACCAAUUCACAACCCUUCGCCGUCAGGUCCCUUCCCGAAUCCGAAUCUACUGAUGCCGAACCAUACGAUGAAUGGUGGUACUGCGGCAGCUGGCGGUAGUUCCUCUACCCAGAAUAGUAACUUCUACGAAAACACUAUGCAGUCCGAUAACAGCAGCCUGCAGAAGCGAAAGAGCGUAAUUUCUAGUCAAUCCACUGGCAGCAGUAACGAGCAAGCGCCAAUGUCGUUCACGCAGCAGCUGCAGAAACAUUCUCGUCACCACAACUCGAAAUCGCAUCACAUUGUACAGCAGCAGCAUCAACCGAAUCACCAACCGUCCACCGGAAGUGGCAGCAACAGCAAUAGCAAGUACGUUGGAACGAAAAAACAUGCACAAAUUUUACCGAAUGUCGAAGAGUAUCAGGUGAAUAUAGCUUCCAAUAUUCGAAUGAAUCCGAACGAUGCCGAUCUGUUCGAUUUGGGGUGCAUGUCGCCACUGUAUGCGACACCACCACAUUCGCCUAGUAGUGACGUCAGUUCACCAGGACAAAAUCAGCCGCCUUCCUCGCUGGCGUUACUGGGCAAGCAGUUUGAAGAGAUGAACAUCAGUUUAUCGAACAACAGCACGAUUAUGAAUCCUUCGGAAAACAAUCAUUUUGCUAGGGAUACUCAUAUGCGUAUCAUUCUGGGCAACAAUCAGAAGGAACAGCCGCAGGGAGGAAAAUCAUCGAAACGUAGUGGUAUUGCUACCAACCCAGCUAUGCGGCUUAUACGCAAUCGAAUCGAUUCAGCGGCCCAACUGAUUCGACGCACCAACAACAUAUUGAGUAGCAGCGGCAGUGGCCAAGGCUCCUCCAGCAUUGGUGUCAAGUCAGGAACGUUUCAGUGGCGCAAAGAAAGCCAAAUGUAAAUGAAAAAAAAAAUCCAUGUUGUGCAAACAAUUCGGCUGGUUUGCUUGGAAGGUAUCUCUAGGGUCCCACUACCAGAGCUACGAAAGACAUGCUAAACAAUCAAUUAUCUUCAGAUACCCACAAAAUUGCAGAAAGUAGUGGCACUAAUCUAGAGCAACGUGAUCGCACAUACUCUAGAAUAGCGUUUUUUGCGCACAUACCCAACAGUUGAAAUUCACUCAGCCUAAGUUAUUCUGCUAGUAUUUUAAAACAGUAACUAUUCUCCUCGUGUCAUAAUAUUGUUUUAGACACAUAUUACAUACAUGUUUUGUGUACUAAAUUUACGUGAACACUAGGUCACAACUUUUACAUUACUUUUCUCAAUCCGUGACUAUCGGUUUAACUGAGUUUUUUUUUCGGAAAUCCUUAAAUCUCAAGACUCUUUUCUAACGCACACUGUUUGACUGCUUUAUUGUUUCGUUCCCCUUCAGCCUCCUCGUUAUUCUAUUUAAAAAAAAGCUCAUUGAAGUUGUGGUAGUUGAUAUACUGAAAAAUUAUCGAUUAAAUAAAUCAACACUACUCAAAAGUAAUCUAAACGGUACAUUUCAUCGUGAAGCAAAUUAAACAAAUAAAAAAAAGGAAAAGGCACGCUGAUUUGUCAUAAGCUGGCUAUCUGGCAGAUAUGACCAUGUCAAGAAAAAUAGUUUUAUGACUGUAUACAACACAAAGUAGAAGAAGAAAAAAAGCAACCUGUACAAGCAAAAGCAAAGUGAAGCAUUUAACUUUAGAGAUUCCAUUAUCGGAGUAAAGCUAGCGUAAGCAGCGCUGUAGAGGCAUGUAUAAACCAGAAUGAAAGUUUUCUUCCUUCUAUUUCGAGUAUUUAAUACUUUUUAUACCUUUAAUUUAAAAGCAUCGAAGCGCGCUCCUAACAAAGCUUAAAUAAUCUUCAGUACGAUUACUUUAUCUAAGCAUUCUAGUCCAACUUAUUUAAGUUUACUUCGCCGUACUAUGCAAAAGCGUUGCACCAAUUUACACAGGAAGCAAGUGUGGCGUUUUGUGAAACCUAGGGCAUAGUGUGCAAGUAGCCUCAAGAACGCCAUAGCGAAGGGAAUACGCGCUCCCUUACGCCACAAGCAUUUUAUUUAUUCAGUAUACAUUUUUGUCCGACAUUCAUGCAGUGCACUCGUGUAGCAAUAUAGAAUCCCGGUCCAGUAGCCGGUCGCGUGUGUGUUCCCGGCUCUGAUCGGGUCGAAAAUGAACUGACUUUAGAAAGGUGUCAAUCUGUGGAGAGUAUUUAUUUUUGUUCUGUUGAUACCCUUAUUUUGGCAUAACGUACUUUUGUAGAGAAAAGCUAGUUGCAGUAAAGAACAAACUGAAAUAUAUAGUAGACAUUUUAGAGAUCA